AGCAUCCACUGAAUUCACUGUGUGACACAUUGACAAAGUCAAGAUAAGUUGCAGUUAGCUCGAAAGAAAGAUAGGAAAAGAACUGAGCACAUGUUUUGUGGUAAAUCGUGUAGAUUGUAAAAAUUGAACAAAAUAGCGGCAUGUGCUAUAUGAAAAAGCUAUUGAACGGAGGUUUUGAUUGUUCUAGUCGGGUCAGCAUUAUAGUUUUGUACAUAAAUGAAUGUGUACAUAGCUUGGUAAACUCCUUGUUUCAUGUACACAGAGCACAAAAUUUACCAAAACAAUUAUUUUGUCUAAACCUGGAUGAUGCUGAAUGUUGUCCGUUGUUGGACAGUUGGAUAAAGUAAAAGUGAAAAACCCAAGCCAGGUACUUAAAAAAUGUCUUCAAACGAGAAAGAAGGGUUUGAUGAUGUGAAGCAGGAUGAUUCUGAUUUCAUUGACGACUAUGAACCGUCAAUCUCAGACCAAUUGCAUGCUGGAUAUUGUAACAUGGACAGAGCAUGUCAGACUACUGUCUCUGAAAUAAUCGAUUUAAAAAAGAUGUCUGAAGCUUUAUCUGUCCUUGUCCAAGAUUUAGCUGCGCUGAAGAAAAGUUUUUACUAUGCCAAGCUGACUUUGCAAGCUGAAUACGACAGUAGGUUAGAGGAGGCUGUUCUUGACCUCUACUGCCGUGUCAAUAAACGAAUAGCGGAGAUAGAAAAUGUACACAAAGAACGCGUGGAUGUUGUCCGGAGAAGCUUCAGAACGCAACUCACGAACGCUGUCUGUAAACUUUCCAAUGAUUAUCAUAAAUUUUACGGCAACAAAGACGCUGACGCAGAGGCUCUGCACAAGAAAAAGUUGAAAAAGAUGGAGGAGCAGCAAUUCGCGCUUAGAAAAAACGAACUGGCGCAGCAGGAAAUGUUUAAUAUGCUGAAAAUGCAGAUGGAAGAUACUGAACUUCCUGAAGAACCAUCCGGUAACAGCUCUGUUGUAUCGACAUCCGUUUUUACGCAGGAAAUCGAUGAGUUGAAAGGGACCAUACAAGACUUUGAAGGAAGAGUGGAAAAUCUUGAAGAUAUGCUGGAAGAGUCGAACAAAGAUAACAGAAAAUUAAACAGCGAAUUAGAAGUUUUGUCGAAGAAAUUAGUGGGUGAAGAAGCAAAAACGGGCAAGUUGUUGGAAAAAGUGUCUUUGCUUAAUAAUAAGAUGGAACGGGAGAGAAUUGCUGCUUCGGAACACUUAGCCCAACAAAAGAAACAGUUUGAGUUGGAAAUGGAGAACAGGUUAAAAAGGAUGAGAAAAAGAAUGCAGGAAGAAGCGAAAGAAAAAAUGGAGGAGCUUCAAAAGAAUGAGGCAGAGAAAUUGCAGUCUCAAAAGCUAGCCGAAAAACAGAAGCUCAGAGAACUACAAGAAAAACACGAGAAUGAAAAAAAACCUGCAGAUAUCCCUGUCGAAACUGAUCUAGGUCGUUUGCAAAUGAUCGAGAAAAAACAAAGAGCUGAAAUAGCGAGGUUACAAAGAGACUUGGAGCGGACGGUUCGAACAUGGGAGAUGAAAACAAAAAUUUUACAGGAGCACAUACAUGCAUUAAAGGAUGAAAUGUUUCUUCGCACGACGUUGCAACGCCAGGUAGCGAAAGUGACACCAGUAGCGUUAACGUAUGUGAAGAAAAACAACACGGUUAUCCCGUUGGGUGUAAAUCCUACGAAAAGCGCGCCACCUCGAAGACUGGCUCUAGCUACUGUUAUUCAAGCACCUAAAAUGGUCAAAGACAGAUGGAAAAACGCUGAUUCAUCGGAAUUUUUUUGUAAGGAAAAAAAAUAGAGAUUUGGAAGUUCAUUAAGGAUAUGAAGUUCGAUGGGGGGAGGAGAUUUACAUUUCCUUUUCCCUAUUUUAUUUAGUUGCAAAAAAAUUUUAGAGAAAAGUAUAGUUUAGUGAUGGAGUUUUUUUGAAAGGGUCUGUAAAAGAUAAUUUAGGGUCCUAUUUUGGGUAGACACCUAUUCAGACAAAGCGCCUAAUCCCUUUUUUUUCUAAAGUGCGUUUUGGACUUUAAUUUUUUCUGUUAUAAAAGUAAAAACAAUAUUUCAUGAGUGUAUUGUGAUGUUUGUUUCAGGAUCUUCCCGGCGUAAGCGUCGGAAAAUGAACAAUUCAGCGCGUACGUAUUUUAUGGAUGGUUAAUAAAAAUAUUUUUAAAUAAAUGUUAUAUAAUAUGUAAACAUUGAAGAGUGAUAUAUUUUUGAGAGUUCCAUAUUUUAUGUAUAUUUAUUUUUGCUAAUUUAAAUGUUGACUUUUGAA